AUGGCGCCCCCGACAUCUCAGCGCACACCCCUUCGGCGUAUAUCCCAUGGCUCUCUUUUUGCUUUAUCCCGUUCGGGGGCGUACCCCGAUGCCCCUCAUGGUUUGGGAUUUAUCGAGCCAGCAAUGUCUGAGUUCGUGGACGAGGCUGAAUCACUCCAGGUCAACCUCGAGACAAUGAAGAACCUGAGCGACUCACUUGCAACAUUCAACGAAUCUUUCGCGAGCUGGUUGUAUGUGAUGCAGAUGAACUCACUGACAACGGACUGGUCACAGGCACCAACGAACGCGUCCUUUGUGUUGGCGAAGGAAAGAGCCGAACGAAAUGCCAUCGCAGCUCUAGAAGCGGCGAAGGCAGCGAAGGCAGCCCAAUACGCCAGAGAAGCUGAGAAAGCCGCGGCCGCGGCCGCCGACAAGACCACUAUGACGGCAGUCUCAGAGAUGGAGACGACGUUUGUGGGCAAUACGACGACCAACGUGUCAGGCCCAUCCACCAAAGUGGUGAAGAAGAAAGUCGCGAAGCCGAAACUUACGGCCAGGGAGAAGAAAGAACGAAGUAUGGAAAUCGAGAAAGUGAUUCUGUCUUUGCCGUUGGAGUUUCGCGGGAACGACCCUACGUCGUACCCCCCUUCUGUCCAGAACCUUCGCCGGAACAUGGAAUCUGUUAUAGAGGGCAUGAUGGAUGCGAAGAAGGGCCUUAAGAUUUUGGACCUUGUCAAAGUCCCCGACCUCCCUCAGGCCCGUGUCAAUAAAUGCCUUAUCGCGCUCGUCAAUCGAAAGAUAGUACGGAAGGACAACUCUACUGGUACUUUACUUUAUCACUGGCAAGGAGCCAACUAA